UCAAAUUUCAGUCGCUGCGCUCAAGUCGCCGCCGCUGGUUCGUUACUUUCGAAAUACGCUGCCGAAUGUGAAGAAGUACAGUGAGAUUGAAUUGGCAAAAAGUUGAAAAAGAAAAGAAAAGUAAUUUCGAAAAAAAAGUUGACAAAAACAACAUUAAUAAACAGACGAGAGCUAUUGAAAUAGUGUGGUGUACGGUGGUAACGAGCGUUAGGUGAGCGCGCCAACGACAAAUUUCUAAAAUAUCCAAAUAAGCGUAAAGUCGCAAAGCAUGCGUAUAAGUGGCAAAGUAACUGUAGUAAAUGAAAGCAAUCAACGUAAAGGCGAAUAAAUUGUCUGCGAAUUGAAGAAACAUGUUACAAUAAACACAACAACAAAAACAAAUAACCGCUUUAAAAGUAACAGCUUCCUUCGACUAUGAACCGGCGAAACAAAAACAACAACAAAUAACUGAAAAUCACAAUUAAUUGCGGUAAAUUUACAACAAUAAAAAGCAAUAAACUUUUAUUUGCCGCUUAAGGAAAAUUAUCAUACAAACAUUUGCAUUUACAGUUACAAUUAAACACCGCUAAUUACAUAAGAGUACUCUAAACCCGCGCAAUUAUUUCAUUCUGAGUGCAAACAUUUUGUUUGAAGUUUUUCGCCUGUGUCCAGUGUUGCCGUAUUCGCGAAUUGUGUGAAUUUCCUGCAGUCCACCAUAAAAGUUUACCCCUCUCAAAAUGGGUCACAGUGCGGCCGACACGACUACCGCCAGCCCGGCGGGUACAAAUAUGGCCAUUGCAACUAUAACGCCUAUCACAGCGAAAAGCGUGGAGGCCAGCGAAAAGCCGCCGCAGAAACCGAAGUUGACUUGGCGUGAGAAACUACAAAAGGUCAUCAAUAAUAUCACCGUAGAGCCCAUCCUAGCCGCCUACAUUAUGCCUAGUGUGCUGUCGGGUUUAGCGACGCAAAAUCUGAAUUUAGAAAAGGCGUGUCGCGUCAACAUGGACUACGGCGAAGUUGUGUGUGAUGCGCUCACACGCAGAGAUACCGCUAAUUAUACGCUCGAGGAGGAGACCGUGCAACAGAUGGUUGCACGCAUGGCUGCCUGGAAAACUGUGAUACAAUCGAUGUUUCCCUGUCUGCUCAUUCUGUUUUGGGGUUCGUGGAGCGAUCGGCAUCAUCGACGAAAACCUUGCAUUCUCAUACCGAUUAUUGGUGAAUUUCUGGGUACCGUCGGUCUCAUACUUUGUGUGUACUUCGAACGUACGCCGAUGGAGGUGGCCGCUUUGACGGAAGCUAUAUUUCCCUCGUUGAGUGGUGGUUGGUUUACGAUGCUAAUGGGUGUCUUCAGUUAUAUAGCGGAUAUUACUACGGAAGAGGAGCGUACGCUACGUAUUGGCAUAUUGAAUGUUUGCUUCUCGGUGGGGGUACCCAUCGGUAUGGCGUUCAGUGGACUGCUAUUGAAACAAAUUGGUUUCUAUGGCGUUUUCUCUAUCUCAGCAAGUCUCUAUUUGUUCUCGUUCCUCUAUGGUUUAUUCUUCUUGGCUGAACCGCGUGCCAAGCCGGAGAAGAGUGUGCCGAAGAGCGAGCGCAAGAGUUUGUUAGCCGAUUUCUUCGACAAGGAUCACGUGGUGGAGACCUUCCGGGUGGCCUUUAAGCGCGGCGAAAAUCAGCGUCGUCAGCGUGUCAUAAUGCUAAUGGUUGUUGUGAUGGUUGUGAUUGGACCAAUGCAUGGUGAAAUGUCUGUGACAUAUCUUUUUACACGUUACCGCUUCAACUGGAGUGAGGUGGAGUUCAGCGUAUUCUCAACCUAUGCGAUGAUCACCGGUCUAGUUGGCGUACUUUUCUGCGUCGGCAUACUUUCGCACAAGUUGAAGAUCGAUGAUGCGCUGGUCGGCGUUAUUUCCAGUAUGUCCAAGAUUCUAUCGGGUUUCGUUUACGCUUUUGCUACCGUGCCCUGGCACAUGUAUGUUGGUGCGAUUGUGGAGAUCUUUAACGGCACUGCCUUCAUAGCUAUGCGUUCGAUUGCCACCAAACUGGUGCGCAAAGAUGAAUUGGGCAAAGUGAACUCGUUGUUCGGUGUUGCCGAAGCGCUGAUGCCUAUGGUUUUCGCACCCAUGUACACCACUUUGUAUGCGGCCACGUUGAAAGUAUUACCCGGCGCUUUCUAUUUGUUAGGUGGCGCACUCACCGCACCCGCGGUGUUUAUUUUCCUCUGGAUGUACAACUUCCAACGCAAACAACAGCGCAAAGCAAUUGCACAAGCCGCCGAUAGUGAAGCUGGCGCUGGCAAAGCUGAUUGCCUGGACGCCAAAGACGCGAAUGGUAAUAUUAAUGCGAUUGAAGCGAUAGCGUUGGCGAGCGAGGCGAAGGGUCAAUUAAACGGCAUCGUAACGAAUGUGAUACAUGAAAAUCUCGAACAGGCCGAGCAUGCGGCCGAAUGUGUGCAACGGGAUACUGAAGCGCGUGCAGCGGUUGUGGCGCAGGCGCAAACGUUAACAAUCGGCGUGGAGAAUAGGGCGUUCGAAGGUGAUGAGGCAGAGUUGCGCCAGCGUCAACAAACGAGAGUGUAACCAAUAGGUUGGGGCUGGACUGCAUAUGAGAGUAUUUUUUGCAAUGUAUAUUGUAAGGCGUGGCAGGUGUAGAAAGUUAUGGGGGUACACCCAGUAUACACUGGUAGCGUGUGAUGUAUUAUUUUUUUUUUAUUUUGAAAACGUGUAAAGUUAUAAUUACGUAAUUUUAAAUAAGUAUACAUAUAAACAUAUUUUUUUGUUAGCUUUUAAGUAAUUUAAGUUGAACACUGUGUAUUCUACUAUUAAUAUAAAAGACACUAAGUAGUUUUUGUUUGCAAAAA